AUGCAGCGAAAUAGGCUCCUGCUGCUUUUGCUUAGCCUUUGCGCAUUUUGGAUAUCCUCGAUCCAAUCCGCUCCGACUAUAAAGACAGACAAUUUGCCACACAAAACAACUACGCUGUUGGAAAAAUUCCCGUCCACCAGAUAUUUUAUCCAAGCGGAGGAAAAUGGCGUCAAUCAUCUGAAUCGUCGGGGUCUUCCCGCUGUGAUUUCUAACUGGAACAUCUGGAAGAGCUAUAAGAAGGCUUCAAUUGAGAAUAAAACGCCAGCCGAAGCUAUUCCUUACGGAACCCCAGAAGGAACAGAGAAUUUUCAAGUGGUAUACAACGGGUUUCCGUCAUAUUCAUUUGAUGUUGACAUAGACUGCGUCUCAGUCAGGAAGGUUGUUCAAUUAGGCAAAAAACUCGGGAGUGGCACAUUCGGAAAUGUCUACCAAGCCACCAUGAACGCCUGGGAUGAAACAAAAAAUGCCUGGGAACGAUAUACCGCCGCAGUGAAAACAUCAAAUAUCGAACCCGGUGAGAUGAUCAUCGGGUCAAUGCUGGCUCAAACAAUUGAUAGCCGGUAUGUCGCUAAGGUGUGGGACUAUUUCUAUGUCAAGGACGACAAUGAGGCCUUUGUAAUCAUGCCAAUGUCAAAUCGGGGAACAUUAGGGGACCAUACAAGUAUGAAGCAAGCAUCCUUCAAAGAAGUAUUCCAAAAAAUACUCCUCGGCGUGCAGGCAAUGCAUGCAGAGGGUAUCAUGCACCGCGACAUUAAACCCGGCAAUAUUCUGCUAUUCGGGAAAUCUCCUAAAAUCGCCGAUUUCGAUACUUUGACAACCCAAGAAAGAUCUACGCAGCUGGGCAUUGGGACGCCAGGAUUUCUCGCCCCCGAGUGGCUAAGCCCAGAAAUGAUUGAAGAAGUUUUGAGCGAACACUUCAAGGCUACAGAUUUCACCGAAGAUGAGCGGAAGCUACUAUCAAAUGUUCUUUGUGAACCUAACAAAAGAUUCAAUAUUGAUCAGUACGUGGAAGGGUUUAAUGCGCUGUUGACAAGUACGUAA